AAAAACAGACGACAAAUAUUGUAUAACUCAAAACGUGUAGUCUUACUGGUGCAAAUACGCGAUUAUUUUUUUAUUUGUGGGGUCGACGUGAAACACAUAAAUAGAGAUGGAGGCCGCAAUAACGAAAUAGUUCAUUUUCUAUCGUCGAGCGUUAAAUCAGUUUUAUAGGAAAACGGAAUCAGUGAAGGAAGAUAAUAAUCAAUUGCGUACAUAAAGAAAGUUUUAACUGUUUUGUUUUAUAAAUUAAAUCCAUUAAAAGAAUUAUAUCGUCGAGUGACUGAACAAACACUAAAAUAAAAAAAAUGGAAUACUGGAAAUCGAAAUGGGAAGAAUACACCGAAAGGUGUGAUUUUAAAGGACUAUCGAAGCCAGUUAAUAAACCUAACGAAAGUAUGAAAGAUCAAUUUUCGUAUGGUCACCGAAAUGCUGUGAUCAACGGUUCCACCUUUAAGCAACUUUCUAUCAUUACCAAUAAAUCUUACUUAAGGCUACCGGCUUUUAUAAGCUUGGCUUGGCACAAAACGUUACAUGUGUAUGGAAACGGUACUCAUACCAUCACGGCAACGAAUCUAGCAUCGUAUAGUCGGCAGUUGGUGCCGCAUAUUUUGGAUCAUUCGAAACAAGAACGGGAUACAUUGAAAGAAAUUGAGAUGGAACUAAAGAAUUCGUUUGCUGAGAAUUUAAGCUUGGAUCCAUCAGAAUUAUGGGAUAGUUUCUGCGAUAGUCUAAUUCUUUGGGGUGAUGCAGACUAUCAGAUCAACUCGAAUGUUCCACUGAUUUUGAAUUUGAGAAUGGGACAUAAGAACGAAGCGUUCGACAUAAAGAUUUCGUAUCAGUUCAAUUUAUUUGAAACCACUAUCAUUGAUGGAAUCUUGGAUUACUUUCGAACAGUCGUUGAAAGACUGGUAUACGGAGAGGUCGAUAAUUAUUUGAAAGUAUCAUCAAUCGAUUUCUUACCGAAACUGCAGAAAGAUCAAAUCGAUAAAUGGAAUGAAGAAACAACUGGUGAUUUUGCAGAAACAAAAAGGCUGCAUCAUUUAGUCGAGGAAGCUGCAGAAGCGACACCAGAAAAAUUGGCUGUAAUUUGUCAACAAACUUGUAUAUCGUACAAGGAACUUAAUGAGAGAUCUAACCAAUUGGGUCAUUUGCUUCACGUGAAGCAAGAGGUCAAAGCAGAACAAUUCAUUGCUUUGUUCUUAGAUAAAACUGAAACUCUGCUAAUGACAUUACUGGCUAUUUGGAAAUGUGGUGCAGCCUACAUACCUAUCGAUCCAGCUUAUCCAGAUGAAAGAGUCAAAUUUAUUUUGGAGGACACAAAUGCCCAAAUGAUCAUCACCAAUGGGCGCCAUAAAGACAGACUGUUGAGUGUUUUUGCUGAUGAAAAAUUCCAAUUGAAGAUCAUGGAUGUGGAGAAUCUACUAGCGAUUGCUGAGAAAGAACCAGUCUGCAAUUUAAAUAUAUCAUUGAAGAGUACCCAAUUGGCAUAUAUCACUUACACCUCAGGCACGACGGGAGUUCCGAAAGCAGUUUACAAGGAGCACAAAGGGGUAGUUAACAGCAUUACUGAUCUUUCGAUACGCUACGAGAUGCGACAAAAGCCCGAAGUUGUAGUUUUGUUCUCCGCAUAUGUCUUCGAACCUUUCAUACGACAAACAUUGAUUGCUUUAGUAAAUUCUCAACUACUGGUCAUAGCGGAUGAUAAUGAGAAACUGGAUCAGACCAAAUUUGUUGAAUUUUUAAACACACAUCAAGUAACCUAUUUAAAUGGAACCGCUUCAGUGCUCCAAGAAUACGACCUCAGCAAAUGUGAAACAUUAACAAAACUCAUUCUAGUGGGUGAAGAAUUGACGAAAAGCCGAUACGAUAAUCUGCGGAAAAAGUACAAGGGACGAAUAAUCUGUGAAUAUGGCUUCACCGAAUCGGCACUAGUAAGUUGUAUGAAUAGUUUCGACCUUGGAGACGAAAGAACCGAUCGGAGUAUUGGACGUCCGUUGAGAAACGUGAAGGCGUAUAUUGUUAACAACAACCUGCAACCGUUGCCGAUUGGUGCAAUUGGCGAACUAUAUAUCGGCGGUGUCGGUAUUUCCAGAGGCUACAUGAAUCGGGAUUCCUUGACAAAGGAAAGAUUUUUGGUCAAUCCUUUCCAAACUGAAAUGGAAAAAGUGAAGGGUAUCAAUCGCGUAAUGUAUAAAACCGGCGAUUUGGCACGUUGGCUCGAUAAUGGUCACAUCGAAUACAUUGGACGAAACGAUUUUCAGAUUAAGUUGCGCGGAAACAGAAUAGAACCUGCCGAAAUCGAAUCUGUCGUGCUUCAGUACGAAAAUGUUACGAAAUGCACUGUGGCAGUGAAGGAAUCCAAACUCGGUGAAGAGUUAUCCUCAGCCUCAUCCAGACAUCUGGUGGGAUACUUUGUGGCAACUGAAAACAUCACAGAGGAUCAACUAAUCACUUAUUUGGAAAAGAAACUUCCAAGAUAUAUGAUACCCGUCAGAAUGGUGCAAGUGGACAAAAUUAAAACGAAUAUCAAUGGGAAAGUGGAUUUGAAGGCUCUGCCGGACAUAGAAUUCAUUCGUCAAUCGACUACCGAUCCAGUUUGUGCAGCAAGAAAUGAAGUGGAUUUAAAGUUAAUUGACAUAUGGAGCGAUGCAUUGGGAAUUUGUAAAAAGAUGAUUGGUAUAGAAGACGAUUUUUUCCGGCUCGGUGGUCACAGCAUAACAUGCAUUCAGCUAAUUGCAAGAAUUCGACAAAACUUUGGCUGCGAAGUAACAAUCGAGCACAUUUUUUCUCUGAGAAGCAUUCAAAAGUUGUCGGAUUAUAUUUCGAAGCAAAACGGCAGACAAACUGAUCAGAAGCAAAAUUCAUGGAAAAAUCAACAGCCAGACAUGUACGAAGAAAUUCGUGCUAACAGCCUUCAUCAAGGUCUUGUUUAUCACUACUUAAAACAAGGUCAAAAUGAUGAUGCAUACGUAAUGCAGUCCCAUUAUCAAUAUUGUGAAGCCAUCGAUAGCUCAAUCUACAAGCGAGCAUGGGAAGCCGCUCGUACUAAAUUUCCAAGUUUGAGGCUGAACUUUAAAGUACUGAAAGAGGUUUACCAAGUCUUUCAGUCUUCAUCGUCACCAUUGGAUUGGAACUUUGUUGAUAUAUGCAGCAAAAACGACAAGCAAAUGGAAGUCGAUAACAUCAUCAAAGCCGAUAGAGAAAGACGUUACGACUUGGAAAGUGGAAACCUAUUUCGGGUGUAUUUGGUGAAAGAAGAAGAGUACAAAUAUUCCAUGGUGUUCAGCUAUCACCACAUUAUUUUCGAUGGUUGGAGCAUUCCUAUUCUAUUCGACUUCGUUCAUCACGCAUAUGAAGUUCUAUUAAAGGGAACGACAAUCAAUAAUUUACUGACAUCAACUGAUACAGCCUACAUGCUCUCUCAAAAGCAUCUUGAACUCCAUCGCAACGACCACCUUGAUUAUUGGACAUCACAAAUCGAACGAAUCGAUCAACGAGUGAAUCUUUCAGGACUGCUCAAAGAUGAAAUCAAAUAUAAAGUGCAGCUUAACAGUUACGAUCACAUCGAAGAUCAAAAGCAAUCCACUCAAGAGAUAAAUUCCGAAUUGGUGAAAAAGCUCCAUAAUUUUGGGAUGGACAAUGGAGUAACAUUGCACUCCAUUUUACAAUUUGUCUGGCAUAAAGUUCUGUUUGCAUACGGUGGUGGAAAGAAUACUGUGGUGGGAACUACAGUAUUAGGACGUAAUAUUCCCGUCGAUGGUGUGGAAAAUUCAGUUGGUCUUUUUAUCAACACACUUCCAUUGGUUGUGGAUCAUUUGAACGGAAAUGAAUUGUCAUGUGUUGAGGCAGUAAAAAGAAUCCAAAGGGAAAUGAACGUUAUGAAUUGCAAGAGUAAUGUGGAACUUGGCAAAUUGGGCAGCGGAAAUGGUGAAUUGAAACACUCCUUGUUUGAUAGUUUAUUCGUAUUGGAGCCGAAAAUGGACUGUGAAAAAUGUCUCGGGUUUACCUUGGUAAAAGACUACGAAAAAUUGGACUAUCCACUUGCAGUUAUUGCCAGAGAGCAGAUGGGAAUUUUAAAAUUUACACUUUGCUACGCUGGAGAAUUAUUUGAGGACCAAAUCAUUACUGAUAUUCUUGACUUGGUGGAACACGUGUUAAAUCAACUUGUUUCCGAUCCUGGACAAACUGUGAAAAACCUGCAUUUAGUUCUACCUAAGCAAGUGGGUCUAAUGGAAAAAUGGAACGAAACGAAGAAACCGUUUCCUGUCGAUAAAACUCUCCAUGAAGUAUUUGAAGAGGCUGCAAUGUCAAACGCAAAUAAAAUUGCCCUAAUUUACGAGGACAUAAAGUGGAGAUACGUCGACGUUAAUAAGAAGGCAAACCAGUUAGCAAAUCAUCUUCGGGCGUUAGUCCAUAUUAAACCGGAUGACAAAAUUGCAUUGAUUUUGGAGAAAAAUGAUUUGCUCAUUUUAAGCAUUGUUGGAGUGUGGAAAUCCGGAGCCGCUUUUGUACCAAUUGACCCAAGCUAUCCAGAUGAAAGGAUCCAAUUCAUGUUGGAAGACACUGAGGCAAAGGUCGUUAUUGUGAAUAGUCGGAACAGAAAUAGAUUGGAGAAAAUAGUACCGGAAACAAUCAAGUUUGUGAACAUUGACGACACUGUUGCGAACGAUUUAGCUAAAUAUGACGAUUCCAGCCUGGCGAGAAUUUCAUGUAGCACAAACCUUUGCUACGUAAUCUAUACGUCUGGAACGUCUGGCCGACCAAAAGGUGUAAUGACUGAACAUCGAGGAGUCGUAAAUUUGCAUGACUCAUUGUCGACAAUUUUCGCCUUAAGAUCCGGCAAAGACGAGGUGCUAUUAUCAUUUUCGAAUUUCGUCUUUGACCAUUUCGUUGAGCAAAUGACUGAUGCCAUACUGAGCGGUCAAACACUGGUGAUUUUGAAUGAUGACAUGCGAAGUGAUAAGAAACGGUUGUACAAGUACAUCAAAGACAAUAAAGUCACCUAUUUGUCCGGUACUCCGUCCGUGCUAUCUCUGUAUGAGUACGAAGAUUUGAAGACCAUUACACGAAUAGAUGCGGUUGGUGAAGACUUUACCGAAGCACUUUUUAACAAGAUUCGCUCUAAUUUCAAAUCCGGAAUCGUGAUCAACGGAUACGGGCCGACCGAAGUCUCGAUCACAACGCAUAAACGAAUUUAUAGAGAAGGUGAAAACAGAAAGAAUAAGAGCAUCGGACAUCAGGUUCACAACUCAACGUGUUAUAUCCUGAACGAUUUUGGGCAAAGAGUACCCAUUGGUGCUGUUGGCGAACUGUAUCUUGGUGGCAUUGGAGUUGGCCGGGGAUACUUGAAUAGAGACGAUCUGACAACAAAAGCAUUUGUACAGAAUCCAUUUGCUACUGACGAGGACAAAGAUCAAGGAAGAAACUUAAGGAUGUACAAAACAGGAGAUUUGGCCAGAUUUUUACCAAACGGAGAAGUUGAGUGUCUCGGCAGAAACGAUUUCCAGGUCAAAGUUCGUGGCUUACGUAUAGAACUAAGCGAAAUCGAAGCGGUUAUUUUGUCAUAUCCACAAAUUACUCACGCUGUAGUAGUUGCACAGAAUCAUGAAGAGUCUUCUGCCAAAUUUCUCGUUGGAUAUUACACAUCGAAUGCAACUCUAAACGAAAAGAGCAUUCUAAGCUUUCUGCAGAAUAAAUUACCAGCAUUCAUGAUGCCAAACAGAGUGGUCCAAGUGGAUGUCAUUCCCGUAACCAUUAACGGAAAAUGCGACACUAAGAAAUUGCCCAAAGUACAACAGUUCGUAAAAGAUCGAAAUCUGAAAGAUAGUGGAAACCUCAACGAAAUUGAAACCAAAUUGAGAUACAUCUGGUCGGAACUACUACGAUUGCCUGCAGAGCUCAUUGGAGGUGACGAUGACUUCUUCAGCUUAGGAGGCGAUUCGCUUUCUGUAAUAUCUAUGACAUUCAUGAUCAACAAAGUUUUUGGCAAGGUGGUUGGCGUUCCGCAAGUAUUUCUUAAUAAAUCGAUAAAGGCGCUGGGCCAUUUGAUCAACACAAGUGAACAUCAAGGUGAAUUAUUAAAAAUUGAGUCUAAUAUGGCACCUGCAUCUCUGGCACAAGAACGAUUAUUGUUCAUCGACGAAAUGGAAAACGGCAGUGCAGCAUUCAACAUACCUUUCGUUUAUAAAUUGAGGAGUUCCAGCGACGUGGAAAUGUUAAUGGAAUCGUUAAAGUUAGUAGCAGUGAGACACCAAUCCUUGAGAACGCUUCUAAUCAGGUACCAAGAUUCGUGUGUACAGAAAAUUGUUAGCGGCAAUGAGUUUGAAUACCUGUGGUCAUCCUGCAAUGCCACCAAAGAAGUUCGAUCAACAGACGAAUGCAACAAAGAAAUUUGGUCAUCAGAAAACCGCAUCUUCCUGCUGGACAAACAACUUCCUUUCCGAGCGCUGUUUUUGAAGAACGUUGCAACAUUGGAAACACUCGUCAGCAUAGUUUUUCAUCACACAUGUUUCGAUGGAUGGUCUUUCGCUAUCUUCCAGAGGGAUUGGUUAUCCUUCUUCAACCAUCUUCAGAAGGGCGAUACCGAAUCUUUCAAUUUACCGGAGUUGAACUACCAGUACAAAGAAUAUGCAUCGUUGCAGAAACGCAUCUUAAGAGGAAACACACUUGAUACCUUAAAAUCGUAUUGGCUCGAAAAACUUGCGAAUGCUGAACAAUUGAAUCUGCCAGCAGAUUUCGAGAGACCGUUAACAUUUUCAUAUUCAGGUUAUGAAAUUAUCCGCAACUUGGAUCGGAAUAUUGCGAUGUCUUUGAAAACUACUGCGAAAUCUUUGAAGACCAGCUUGUUCAGCAUCUUAACAUCAGCAUUCGCCCUAACUUUAAACAUCUACUCAGGUCAGGAAGACAUAUUGAUUGGAACACCGGUAUCUAACAGAAUGAGAUCGGAAUUCGAAAAUGUUAUCGGAUUUUUUGUGAACAUAUUGCCAUUGAGAGUUGCAGUGAAUCAAGAACUCAGCGUAGCCGAAUUUGUAGAAUCUGUUGGAGAUGAAGUCGUUGCAUCACACGUGAACCAGGAUAUGCCUCUUGAAAAAAUGGUUAAGGACCUGAAAAUCGAAAAAGAUUCAUCACGUCAUCCGUUGGUACAAGUUGUGCUGAAUUUUAAUCCUCUUGUCGGCUCAAUGACCGAAAGAAAAGAAAGCGAGCUCGUUUUGGAAAAGGUUGACCAGGAGUGUAGCAAAGCGACAACUGCAAAGUACGAUCUAUCAGUGACUGUGACGGAAACGAAAGAAGGAUUGAACAUCAAUUUCACAUUUGCUAAGACAUUGUACCGUGAAAGUACUGUUGAAGGAUACAUGGGAACCUUUAUGCAAAUUUUGUCUCUGUUGUCGAAACCUGAUACAAUGAAGAAGAAAAUUAAACAGUUGGAUUUGCUUAGCAACAAUACUCAUGCCAGCAGCAGUUUAUCAUAUCCGGUUAUCAAUGGUUUUCACACGAGUGACGCAAAUGAAGACACUACUCUGCCGAAUAUGUUCCAAAAUAUUGCUGCACAAUGUGGAACGGAGACUUGUAUCGCUUACAAGGAUCUUCAUCUAACAUACGAAGAGCUUAACAUCAGAUCAAAUCAGUUCGCACGAAUGCUUCGAAACAUGGGACGCAAGAGCUUAGUUGCAAUUUGUAUGGAGAAAACUGACUGGAUGGUCAGUAGUGUUCUCGGAGUUUGGAAGGCUGGCAGUGCGUAUGUACCGAUUGAUCCAAAUUAUCCCAUCGAAAGGAUAAAAUUUAUAUUAGAGGAUACAGAAGUGGAAGUCAUCGUGACAAAUCAAGCAAAUGAAACACGUUUUAAUCAAAUUUGCAAAGACAAUGACAAAGUUCAAAUAAUUGUGGUCGACUCGAUAAAAACUGUGGAGAAUCUGAAACAAUUAUCGAAGGCUAACUUGGAUAUUGAUUGUAACGAAAAUGAUUUAUGUUACAUAAUCUACACGUCUGGGAGUAGCGGAACACCUAAGGCGGUAAUGGUCAGCCACAAAAAUGUUGUUUCAUUCAGAGAAUCUCUAUUACAAUACCACAAAAGGAAAGAGACUGUACUCCUGUUGUCCAAUUUCGUUUUUGAUUUCUCCAUCGAACAACUGAUGCUUUCGAUUUUCAAUUGGGGAAAACUGAUAAUAAUUGAUGAACUGCAUUCAAUCGAUGACCAAUUUUACCAAUAUCUCAACCAAGAAUACCUUACUUAUCUGAGUGGCACACCAAGUGUGAUAACUGCGCUAGAUUUGUCGAGAUUAAAAUAUGUGAAAACCAUCACUGUAGCGGGAGAGAAGUUCCAGCAGUCUCAUUUCAUGAAAAUCCGAAAAGAAUUCAAUGGAAAACUUAUCAACGCUUACGGAGUCACUGAAACAACCGUUUAUAAUUCGAUCUACAUUUUUGGAGCUACGGACCCGUACAAGAACUCACUCGGACAGUUUUUCAGCAACACAACUCAUUACGUUUUGGACAAAAACCUGCGACGCUUACCGAAAGGAGCUGUUGGUGAACUAUACCUAUCAGGCUCUUGUAUUUCUCAUGGAUAUCUUAAUCGAAAGGAAAUGAUGAGAAAAAAUUUCUUGGCCAAUCCGUUUUACUCUAAGCGCUCCGACGAUGAUUCUCCAGUGCUGUACAGGACUGGCGAUUUGGUUCGUUUGAAUUCCACCGGUGACCUGGAAUAUCUUGGACGUAAUGACAAUCAAAUAAAGAUUCGUGGCUAUCGUAUAGAGCUUGAAGAAAUCGAGUGCGCCGUUCUAAAAUACCAGAUGGUCGAACAAUGUUGUGUAAUCUUCGAAAACAAUGCCUUAGUCUGCAUCUUCGUGAAAAAGGUACCUGAAACUGCAGGCGAGUUCAGCAUUGGAAAAUUGAAAUUAUUUUUGGAAUCCGUUUUGCCAAUGUUUAUGAUACCACAUUUAAUGCAAUAUAAUGGACCAUCUCUACCAGUGACCAGUAACGGAAAACUUGACGUAAAAGCUUUAAGAGACCUUUACCGAACUUCAAAUUGUUCGUUUGAAAUCAAAUAUUCUGCACCUGAGGACAACCUUCAGAACGAUCUAUGCAAAAUAUUCAGCUCUGUGUUAAAUAUUCCAAUCAAAACCGUUGGAAUCGAUCAUGAUUUCUUUAAUCUUGGCGGUGAUAGUAUAUCGUCACUUCUAUUGGCUGGAAAAAUUCGAAAUCAGCUUGGCAUACAAUGUAGUGUGAAGAAUAUCUUCGACAGCAGAACCGUCAGACGAUUAUCUGCUGAGUUUCGGUCCAAAUGUGAGACAAUCGUAAAAGUAAAUGGAAGUUUCACAAAUGACCAAGCCAGACUUAGUGGAGUAGUGGAAUUGCUACCAAUUCAAAAGUGGUUCUUCGCAAAGAAUUUAAAAUAUCCUCAUCAAUGGAAUCAAACCUUUACGAUUGAAGUGCCAUCGAAAUUGGAUGUCAAUACGUUAACCGAAUCAUUGCGCAGCUUGGUCAACCAUCAUGACGCUUUUCGACUCAGAUUUCGAAGAGAUGCUGAUGGAUACACUCAAUAUUACGCGGAGAUGAUUGAUAAUUCGAACAUUAACUUCCACACACUAGAUACAACUGGACUCAGCGAAAAUGAAAUCAACCAGAAACUUUCCGAGUGGACAGACUUGAAUAUUUCGGAAGGACCUAUGUAUACGGUGGUUUACUUAUACGGCAACAAUUCGCCAUGCAAAAUAUGGUGGUCAAUUCAUCAUUUAAUAGUGGACUCAGUAAGUUGGCGCAUUUUAAAAGAUGAUUUGAAGACACUAUACGAAGGAAGCAGUUUAAGCAACAAGGGAACUAGUUACAAAGAAUUUUCCUCGGCUUUGGCUGAUCAGUUUUUGCCUGAGAAAACGUAUUGGGAUCCUAUAAUCGACAACGUUCGUUUGUACAAUGCACGCGUUCCGAAAUCGCAUAAAGUAACACGUAAAUUCAAAUUCACUCUGGAUAAAGAUGAAACCCAGCGGUUGAUCUGUGGAAUUCAAAGAGGGGCAUCAAAAAUCAACCGGAUCAACCUUCAAGACGUCCUACUAACUGCAGUGGGUUUCUCCUUGAAGAAACUAACAAAUUCUGUCACCAACUACGUGACACUUGAAGGACAUGGUCGGGAACAAAUCAGCUCACAUUUUGAUAUCAGCAACACAGUUGGAUGGUUUACCACAAUGUAUCCAGUGGAAAUACACACGGAUUCUUUGGAAAAUCUUACAUCGACUGUUAGACAAUUGAGUCAAUCACUUAAUUCAGUUCCCAACAAAGGUAUUGGCUACGGAGCUAUUUAUGGAUACAAUGAUCCGCCAAUGCCAUGUGUCGCAUUCAACUACUUAGGAAGUUUUGGGAAAACUGCUGCAAUCGAUUCAGACUGGAAUUUUGGUGAUUUGUCGCUAGACCUUAGUUCGGACGAAAAUGAAAAAAUUAACAGCACAGUCGUAGAUAUUACUGGCGCCUAUAAUCAAGGAUGUCUAACAUUCUCCAUAGACGCUAGCCUGGAUCCAGAACAAAGCAAAGAGUUCGUCAAUGCCUUCCACGGUACGCUGAAACUGAUUUCAAAAAAUAUUGAGAACAUCGUUCCGCCGCUUCCUUUCGGCGACUAUGAAACCCUCUAUGAAUUCCCUUCCAACAAAAAUGCAACAGAGACGUUAUUCAUCUUUCCACCGGGAGAAGGUGGUGCUGAAAGUUACUUCAACAAUUUAGUGCCCAAUUUAAACCAAUUCAAUCUUGUGGUGUUCAAUAACUUUUAUCUGGAUCGGCAGCCAAUGGAAAUCAGUUUCGAACAACUGGCAUCAAUGUAUAUCACAUACAUAAAGACGAUUCAAGGACCCUAUAAUUUCCUCGGUUGGAGCUUUGGAGGCGUAUUGGCACUAGAGAUCUGUCGUCAGUUGAGUAACGCUGGGGAUUGCAUCAAUAACUUGUUUUUCAUCGACAGCUACUUAGAUGUUACUAAAGCUCUGAAAGAUCUCAAUAUUGGUGAGGAUACCGAAAUCAUUGAUAGAAUCAACCACAAAUACAACCCUACAUCGAUAGACUUUGAGAGGAUGUGUUCCGAACUGAAAAACAUUGUUCUAUUCAAGGCAAAAUUACUAAAUGAAAUGCAUAAAUCAAUAGAUCAACGCCGAUUUUAUGAGUAUUACCAGAAUUCGUCAUUCAAUAAUUUGGAUAAUUUAAUUCAUUCACAAUUAGUGCAAGUCAUCGAGUUGAAAAAACACUCUCACAAUACCUGGGUGAAAGAUAAGGAACAAGUGAGGUCUAUUGCAAAUUUUGUGGCAGAUAAAUUACUGUGAAUAUAUUCCCACGAAUAGGCUUAGUAUUAACUUUAUCAUUUUAAAUCAUAAUUUACAAAAUAAAUGUUCUAAUCAUUUGAAUCGAA